AUGGAUUCCAUAGAGGAGGAACAAUGUUUGAAUCAAUGUGAAAACUAUAUUCAAAGUCACAAUAUUCAAAUAUUAUUAAAAAAUUGUAUCGUCCAACUUUGUCUAAAUAGGCCUGAUGAUCCCGUGACAUUUCUUCGCCAAUAUUUUCAAAAAUUAGAAAGAGAACAGGUUAAGGCAGCAGCUGCUGCUGCAGCAACAUCUGAAGGUGAAGCAGAUGGAGAGCUUUCACCACUGCCAGUACUUGGAGGGCAACUGCCUCGAAGACGUGGUGGGAUCAGUGCUGAGCCUGUUACUGAAGAAGAUGCUACUAGUUAUGUCAAAAAGGUGGUGCCAAAAGACUAUAAGACUAUGGGUGCCUUAUCUAGAGCAAUAGCAUCCAAUGUGCUCUUUACACACUUAGAUGAAUCAGAAAGAGCGGAUAUGUUUGAUGCAAUGUUUCCUGUGCAAUGUCUUGUUGGGGAAACGGUUAUACAACAAGGUGAUGAAGGGGACAACUUCUACAUUAUAGAUUCUGGUGAAGUCGAGGUAUUGGUAAAUGGCGAAGUAGUAACAACAAUAGGAGAAGGAGGUAGUUUUGGUGAACUGGCACUUAUCUAUGGUACACCACGCGCAGCGACGGUUAGAGCCCGUACUCCAUUAAAGCUUUGGGGACUUGAUCGGGAUUCAUACAGAAGAAUACUUAUGGGUUCUACAAUAAGAAAACGACGCAUGUAUGACGAAUUUCUAUCGAGGGUAUCCAUUCUUGAAAGUCUCGAAAAAUGGGAGCGCCUUACGGUGGCAGAUGCUCUUGAACCUGUAUCCUUUAAUGAUGGUGAAAUAAUUGUGCGGCAGGGUGAACCAGGAAAUGAUUUCUAUAUUAUUGUAGAAGGUACAGCUGUAGUACUCCAGCAACGUGGUGGUGAAGCAGAGGGUGAGGCAGUGGAAGUCGGAAGACUCGGGCCGUCGGAUUACUUCGGCGAAAUCGCGCUUCUACUGGACAGACCGCGCGCAGCGACAGUUAGGGCGGAUGGACCACUCAAAUGUGUUAAACUGGAUCGAGCUAGGUAUGGCAUGAUAUUCAUUAACAGGUGCUAG